ACACAGAGGACAGACGGCAUUCAUAAUCAGAACACAGGGACACAAAGACAAGAACUGCAUUUUAAAAGGCUCCAUUCUUCCCCCCGCUGCCGCUGGGUUUUGACUGUGGGUGUUUGAGAGGAUCUUUGUUGGCUGGAGAAAAGUAGCGAAUAAGAAUACGCCCCGUGAACGGCUUGGGGGGAUUUUAUGGACAGGGUUACUACAGUGCAGCCGAUGCUGUUAUCUACCUACACCUCUGUUUGCUUUCCCGGAGGUGGUAGUGUUGUUUUGGAUACGGAGUGAAAUUAUUACGCAUUGUUUUACGCACCUGGUUGUAGGAGUCGCGACUGGACCGGACACCUUUGUAAUGAACUUUCUCUCCCCGGUACCUGCGCUGUGGCUGUUUGGACCGCAUCUUUAACUCCCCGAAAAAGAAAAAUUGUGGAUGUCUGCCUAAAGGAUGCCAGUUGAUAAAUUCGCAAACAUGGAGGAAAAACUGUGGAUACUGGAGGAUCUCAAUAUGAUGUAUAUUCGUCAGAUUGCACUCAGUUUACAGCAGGACAGCGACAUCCAGAAGAAGAUUGACCAUGAGAUCCGGAUGCGUGAUGGGGCUUGCAAACUGCUGGCAGCCUGUUCCCAGAGAGAGCAGGCGCUGGAGGCUGCAAAGAGUCUGCAGACGUGCAGCACUCGUAUCAUGGCCUACAUGUCAGAGCUGCAGAGGAUGAAGGAAGCUCAGGUCAUGCAGAAGGUCACACGAAGGUCAUCGGACGCAGGGCCUAUGGACGACAGACUCCCGUGUAAAGGGAAAGUGGCCAUCUCAGAUCUUCGCAUCCCUCUCAUGUGGAAAGACACGGAGUACUUCAAGAAUAAAGGAGAGCUUCAUCGCUGUGCAGUGUUCUGCCUGCUCCAGCUGGGGGGAGAGAUCUUUGACACAGACAUGGUGAUAGUGGACCGGACGCUCACCGAUAUUUGUUUUGACAACACCAUCGUAUUCAAGGAAGCCAGUCCAGGGUUUGAGCUGCGUGUUGAAUUGUACAGCUGCUGCUCGGAGGAUGAUUACUCAGCUGGGAGCACACCAAGGAAACUAGCCAGUAAACUGAGUUCUUCCCUGGGCCGAUCAGCUGGGAAGAAGCUCCGGGCAGCCAUGGAGCCUGGGCCAUGUAGUCCUAUCAGCAACGGAGGGGCAUCUCCUCUCCUGCUGCCAGUUCCCUCUGUAGCAGGUCCUAAGUACCACCUCUUAGCUUAUACCACCCUGUCACUGUCAAACGUCCAGGACAGCUUUCGCACACAUGACCUCACCAUCUCAGGCAACGAAGAGUGUUCUUACUGGCUGCCACUCUAUGGCAGUAUGUGUUGCCGCCUUGCAGCUCAGCCUCACUGUAUGACCCAACAGAUGAUAAGUGGACGUUUGAAAGUUAAGCAGUGUGGGGGUGACCCUCAGAGUUCGACAAAAGUGUAUGCAGUUCUAAAAGGAACAAGCCUUUUCUGCUACCACCAGCAAGAAGAUGUGGAGGCUAACAUCGAACCUGCUUUCACCAUUGCUGUCAACAAGGAGACCAGAAUACGUGCCUCAGAGAAAGAUCCGCACAGUAAUGUUCAGAAUAUCUGUAUCAGUAACCAAUAUGGAGGUGAGGAGGUCACACACACUCUGACUACAGAGAGCCGCGAGGACACUCACCGAUGGAUGGAGGCUUUUUGGCAGCAUUUUUAUGAUAUGAGCCAGUGGAAGCAGUGCUGUGAUGACUUAAUGAAAAUUGAACUGCCAUCACCAAGGAAACCAGCUCCUGCCACACCAAAACAGGGUUCCCUUUACCAUGAAAUGGUUAUUGAGUCAUCUGAUGACCUCAGCAGCACUGUGUCAGACAUUCUUGCUCGGAGAAUGCAGGAGCUGGAGCUCCGCAGCCAGCUGGGCACCUCUUCCACCUGGAUGUCUGUUUUUGAGGAGAACAGUGCUUGCUGCCCUCAUCCAUGUACUUCUCACUUGUCAGGCCCCCGUCCCUGCACCCUUCAUCAGCUGUCUCGAAGCCCUGUGAGCCCUCACCGCUGCCCACAGCUGGCUCUGCUGUCCUCAGAUGCAAGUCUAACGUCAGACAGCGACAGCCACCGCAGCACCAGUCCCUGCUCUCACCAUCAUGGUUGGCCCGAGCCUUCUUCAAACUUCUCCCUCUUGUCAUCUUCCCCCUCCCAUUUGAGGCCACGCACUCUGUCACUGGAUGCUAAGCUCAGCACCCUUCGAGGGCGGGGGUAUGGAGGAGGAGGGACCUUCCACUGCUCCUGUCAGCCUCCUCCCUCCUCACUGCUUGCCCCUCUCCCCAUCUCCUCUCGUUCACCUCGGUCACAGCGCAGCACACAAACCACACUCUCUUGCUCCAGCUCCACGUCCAGCAACAGCUCCAGCAACAGUGAGGGCAGCCACAGCCCUGCUGAGGGCGCCCCCUUCUCAAGGCCCUCCAUGGCUCGACGCAGCCUCAGGAACCUCAGGGCCAGACUUGAUCCUCGCAACUGGCUCCAAAGUCAGGUGUGAACUUGUUUUCUCACAGGCAUUUUUUGCUGGCCUAAAGCCACCAGUGCUCAUUACACAAUGGUUACCUGAGUUAACACAAAUGAACCAACUUCAGGCUAUCUGCUAGCCCAUGUGCACAGCCCUGGGGAGGAUAAGCUGCCUCUAGCCUGCCCUCCUAGGGCAAACUGGAAUGUCAUCUAACACAAAAGACAGGUGACAAUCACUCUGCACUUUGCUGGGUUGCCAGUUUAGAAGAUGGUCCUAAAAUGAAUGGGAGGUAUUCUGCUUGCAUUGAGAAAUUAUGGUCAUGCUGCUUGGGAGAAAGUACUGCUAAGAGCUAACAUGCCACAGUAGGCCUGCCCUGUUUUUGGAAUAUAACUCUGAAACUGGAAAACAUUUAGUUUUGUUGCUCCAUAUCAGCCAUUCUGGUCCUUCAAACACUCUGUUAAUGUACUAGCAAUAUUUUGACUGGAUGUUUCCUAUUUGUAUUUUAAAAGUAAAGGUUUGCAGUAUUUCUGCUAUGAAAGCUGCUAACCAUCUGGCACGAUGACAUAAGUUAUAAUCGGUCAAAGAGGUUGAUGUUUGUCGUCUCUACUGUGAUAUUGACUUCAGUGUAUUUCUCUUAUAAUGCACACAACAGAUGAUCUUUGUGGUUCUCCUAAAAUUACUAUGCACCCUUUUGUGGUCUUUUUUUUUUUUUU